UGUGAGCGGCGUUACCGAUCGGCCUCAUGGCGUCCGUGGCGGCGUGGCUGCCGUUCGCGCGCGCCGCGGCUAUCGGCUGGGUGCCGAUCGCCAACCAGCCGCUGCCGGCGCCGCCUGUGCCGCGUGACCGGCGCCGCGCCGAUGACGAGAAGCUCAUCAUCAACGUGUCGGGCCGCCGCUUUGAGACCUGGCGUAACACGGUGGAGAAGUACCCCGACUCGCUGCUCGGCUCCAACGAGCGCGACUUUUUCUACGAGGAGGAGACGCGGGAAUACUUUUUCGACCGGGACCCGGAUAUCUUCCGGCACAUCCUCAACUACUACCGCACUGGCAAGCUGCACUAUCCGAAGCACGAGUGCCUGACGAGCUAUGACGAAGAGCUCUCGUUCUUCGGUAUCAUCCCGGACGUGAUCGGCGACUGCUGCUAUGAAGACUACCGCGACCGCAAACGCGAGAAUGCCGAGCGUCUGCUGGACGACAAGAUGUCCGAGAACGGCGAGGGCAACCUCGCUAAGCUGACCAACCUGCGGGAGAAGAUGUGGCGCGCCUUCGAGAACCCGCACACGUCGACGGCGGCGCUGGUCUUCUACUACGUCACCGGCUUCUUCAUUGCCGUCUCGGUACUGGCAAACGUAGUGGAGACGAUGUCGUGCGGACAGCUGCCGGGCAAGGCCGAGACGCUGCCGUGCGGCGAACGGUACGAGGUGGUGUUCUUCUGCCUGGACACGGCGUGCGUGAUGAUCUUCACCGCUGAGUACCUCCUGCGACUGUACGCGGCGCCCGACCGCUGCAAGUUCGUGCGCAGCGUUAUGAGCAUCAUCGACGUGGUGGCCAUCCUGCCGUACUACAUCGGCCUCGGCAUCACGGACAACGACGACGUCUCGGGCGCCUUCGUCACGCUCCGCGUGUUCCGCGUGUGUAGGAUCUUCAAGUUCUCGCGUCAUUCGCAGGGCCUGCGUAUCCUGGGAUAUACCCUGAAGUCUUGCGCCAAGGAGCUGGGUUUCCUCGUCUUCUCCCUGGCCAUGGCCAUCAUCAUUUUUGCCACGGUCAUGUUCUACGCUGAGAAGAAAGAACCGAGGUCGACCUUCACCUCGAUACCGGCCUCCUUCUGGUACACCAUCGUCACCAUGACAACGCUCGGGUGAGUACGCUGGCAUCGGCGCCGUCCUUGGCCUAUUACCGUCGCUCAUCUUCAUUUGGGCGGUAACAGGCGCGUGGA